UGACACAAUAUACCGCCCAGUUUGUUAUGAGCGAUGUUGUUGUGUAUCUAGAGUUAAUUUUCUUUUCUGUACGCGCUAUGCCAAAGCCGCCUGGCUAUGCGCGCACGCUGACGCGCUAACCACGCUGACUCUGCCUUUCAUCAUCGACCGCGUUGCAUCUGACAGCGGUAUGUCUGUCUACCACGACGAAGUCGAGAUCGAAGACUUCGAGUACGACGAAGAGACUGAAACGUACACCUACCCCUGUCCGUGCGGCGACAAAUUCGAGAUAACCAGGGAGGACCUCCUGAAUGGUGAAGAAGUGGCGACUUGUCCGAGCUGCUCGCUGUUGGUAAAGGUCAUCUACAACCGGGAGGACUUUGUCAGGGAGGAGGACAAGUUCGCAAAGGCCAAGGCAAAACAACUUCAAGCAGCAACGUGAACUGGUGCAUCCACUGCUACUAGAAAGUUCCUUCUGUAACUGGUCUGUAAGAUGCCCCAUGCAUCCACCACUUUAUUGUACAUACACUGGAGUCACUCCCAAUAAGAUAUGUUGUCACAAAAA